AUGGAGGACGAAAAGGACACAAAUCUUGAAAAGAAAGAGGAUGAAACAGGAGACAAGAUCGAUGAAGAAACACUAGACAUAGACUACUCAAGAGGUGAGGAGUUUGAAAGAAUGUUUAAUGAAGAGUACAAAAUUUGGAAAAAAGAAACUCCAUUUUUGUACGAUUUUGUCAUUUCACGCGCACUUGAAUGGCCUUCACUCACCGUUGAAUGGCUUCCUGAUCAGAUAGAAUCACCAGAUGGGGAGUAUUCUAUCCAAAAGAUUAUCUUUGGGACCCACACUUCAGAUGAUGAACCUAAUUAUCUCAUUAUUGCACAAGUCAAGCUUCCUUUAUUUGAUGUGGAGUAUGAUGAUUCUCAUGACAAUGAGUAUGAACAUUCUGGACGCAAGAUUGAAGUGGUGCAACAAAUUUGUCAUGAAGGAGAGGUGCAUAGGGCUCGUUAUAUGCCUCAAAACAGCUGUGUAAUUGCUACAAAAACAAUUGAUUCAGAAGUUUAUGUUUUUGAUUAUCUGCGUCAUCCAAUUAAGCCUUGUCCUGAUGAACAAUUCAAUCCUGAUUUGAUAUUGAAAGGUCAUGAAAGUGAUGGAUUUGGGUUAUCAUGGAGUAAAUUCAAACAAGGUUUGUUGUUGAGUGGCUCUUAUGAUGAAAAAAUUUGCAUGUGGGACAUAAAUGGGACCCCAGUGAAUCAUGCUUUGGAUGCAAUGCAAAUAUAUAAGGUUCAUAAUGGUCCUGUUGAAGAUGUAGCAUGGAGUUUGAAGCAUGACUACUUAUUUGGUUCAUGUGGUGAUGAUAAAUACUUGCAUAUAUUUGAUCUCCGCUCUCCAUGUCUCACUAAACCCAUUCAGACCUUAAUGGCCCACCAAAAUUCUAUUAACUGCUUGGCAUUCAAUCCUUUUAACGAAUGGAUAGUGGCAACGGGGUCUGUAGACAAUACAGUGAAGCUGUUUGAUUUGCGAAAAUUCACAAGUGCUCUCCAUAUAUUUAAUUUUCACUUGAAUGAGGUGAUUCAGGUUGGGUGGAGCCCACAGAAUGAGACAAUUUUAGCUUCUUGUUGUGCUGGUAGGAGACUCCUGGUCUGGGAUCUUAGUAGGAUUGGGGAAGAACAAUCGUCACGGGAUGCAGAAGAUGGGCCACCUGAGCUGAUGUUCAUCCAUGGUGGACAUACAGAUAGAGUUGUGGAUUUGUCAUGGAAUCCAUGUGAGGAUUGGGUGAUUGCUAGUGUUGCUGAUGAUAACAUUCUCCAAGUAUGGCAGAUGGCUGAUCAUAUUUACAAUGAUGAGUGA